AGUCUCGAGCUGACCCAGCGCAGGACUGAACCCACUUUUUAGUUUGCUGCGCAUAACAAAGUACAAUGGGGAGACCGCAAAAGAAGCGGCGCCAAGCGUCAACUGGAGCAGCCGCUGGCGGGCCCAACGGUAGCAACGUUCAGGGAGCUCCCGCACCAGACCCGCCGCGGCCAUGGGCGGAGCUGCCCCGCGAGAUCGUGGCCAUGAUCGCCCUCGCGACCUGCGACGCUGUGGAGCCGCUGCCGUUCAUCUGCAUCCCGAACACCACUCAAGACAUCUCCCUCGCGUACCACCGGCAUGAUGACCGCUCCUUCGGCGUAUCGCGAGGCCAGUUCGGCGCCGCCCCGGCCAUUGUGUCUGCUGCGCCAGCCGGCGCCGCCGGCCCCAGCGGCCGUGGCCGCAACGCCGCGGCCGCGGCGGCGUCAGCUGCAGCGCCGGCGCCGCCAGUGGCCGCUGCCGCGGCCGCGUCCGCGGCGGGUGUGGAGGAGGUGCCGGAGCCGACGGGUCCACCAGGCACCUUCCAGCCGGCGCGCAUGAGCGCGGCCGCCGCCGCCAUGCGCUGUGUGUGCCGGGCCUGGUGUGCGCUGCUGGGCGAGGGCGUGCGGCGGCUGCUGGUGCCGCCGCCGCAGGCCUCCGUAACGUUGUGGCCGUCACACUUCCCGCACGUGACGCACCUGGCCCUGGGCGGCUGCGAUGACGUGAUUGUGGUGCUACAGCCGGAGUCGGCCGGCAGUGGGGAUGACAGAUCACGCCGUCGGUCGUCACGGGUGGCGGCUCUGGCGCCCGCCACUGGCGCUGGCGGCAGCGGUGCCUCGGGGUCAAAGGGCCCUGAUGGGUCAGCGGCGGCUGAGGGCGGCAAUGGGGGCCGCGGCGCCUCAGCCGCAGGCAAGGCCGGCGCGGGACCACAGUCUGCGGGUGCGGCGGGAGCAGGCGCUGCGGCGGCAGUGCCGGCGCUGUUGUCUGUGCGCACCGGCAGGACGCUGGCGCCACUGAGCUGCCUACGCAACCUGCAGGUGUCUGACAGCACGCCGCACCUCGACCUAGCGGCCAGCGCCGGGGCCCGACUGGAGGAGCUGGUUGUCACGGCGAGACAGCCCGUGCUCAGCACACACAGCAGCAGCACCGGCGGCGGCGCCGCCGGCGGCGGGUCAGCCGCCGCAAGCAAAAGCGGCGGAAAGGCGGCCGCCGCGCUGGAGUCGACGGAGCAGCGUUCGGCGCUGAAAAGAACUUUGUCGGCGCUGCCGGGUUUGCGGCGGCUGCGGCUGUCGGGCAUGGACGCGUCGUCUGCGCGGCUGGGGUCGGCGCUAAUGGGCCUCAGCAGCCUCAGCAGUCUGCGGCUGAUGCACUGCCUGCUGCCCACCUUCUUUGGAACCGGCGGCGGCGAGGCGGAGGAAGAGGAGGACUGGGGUGGCGCAGCGGCAGGAGGCGGCAGGGGACGCGGCGGGCGGGGAGGAGGCAGGGCCGGGCGAGGGCGGGGAGGCGGCGCAGCGGCGGGAGGUGGCGGCAGCAGGCGGGGAGCUGGCAAGGGCGCGAGCCCCUUCGCCGCCGGGCUGCUGCACAACCUCGGGACCAAACUGCAGGACCUAUCCCUCCAGGGCUGCCAGCUGGGCACGCUGCCGGCCGAGGUGCUGGCGGGCCUGCCGCUGCUGCGGCUGCUUGACCUGUCAGCCAACCACCUGGCGGUGCUGCCGCCCUCCCUCACCAGCAUGAAGCAGCUGGAGUAUCUGGACCUGCAGGGCAACCGGCUGGUGGCCCUGCCUGCCGGAUUUGGAUCCGGCCUGCACCAGCGGCUGGCGGAUCUGGAUCUCAGCCAGAACGACCUGCGCAGCCUGCCCGCCGACUUCAGCCGCCUCACCGGGUUGUCGUAUCUGGGCCUGGCCAACAUGACCGACCUGGACUGGGAGUCGGUGGCGCGCCACCUGGCGCCGCUGACCCGCCUCAUCGCGCUGAGCCUGGAUGGUCUUGAGCUGGAAAGCGAGCCCGAGACCGAUUUCGACGACGACGAUGAGGAUGACCCGCUGGCAGCAGGCGGGGGGAACGGGGUUCGGCGCCCGCGCGCGCCCAGUCACUUGGCCCAGGUGGUCAGCGCGGUCUGCUCCGCCGCCGCCACAGACACCUACACCGCCCACGGUGGCAGCGCCGGUGGCGGCGCCGGCGGCAGCGCCGGUGGCAGCGCCGGUGGCGGCUGCCGGCUGCGUGAGCUGGUCCUGGACGGCUGCGGCACAGCGGUGCUGCCGGCGUGCUUCUCACAGCUCACCGCCCUCAGCUACCUGUCCCUGAACUGCAACUUCAUAAACGAGGCGGACGCGGGCGUGAACGCGGCGGUGGCGCUGGCGCCUCUGGCCAGUCUGUCUGGCAGCCUGGCGGUGUUGCGGCUGAGCUAUCUGGACCUGCACGGCGACCUGCCGCCGGUGCUGUGGGGACUGACGGCGCUGCGGGAGCUGGCGCUGGAGCAGAACUUCAUAGAGGCGCUGUCGCCCCAGGUCAGCUGCCUGACCAACCUGCAGGUGUUGAACCUGGCCGACGUAUUCAACCCGGACACGCAGCACCGCCGCACCGCAAUGCCCUGGCGCGCCGUGUACCACCUCACCAAGCUGCGCGAACUCAAGGUGACUGGCUUCGACAACGCCGCGCCGGUGUCGGACGGCAUCGGAAGCUUAUAUCAACUGGAGGUGUUGAUGCUCAACAGCUUCCGGCUGCCUCCUGCCGUGCUGGAGGAGCUGGCGAGCGGCUGCGGUCGGCUGUGCUGCCUGGAACUGCGGCUGGGCGGCAUCAAGACCCUGCCGCCCAGCCUCACACGACUGGAGCGGCUGACCGAGCUGGAUCUGAUUCACAACAGUAUCGCCACGCUGCCGCCCGGAUUUGGAUCCAGCCUCAGCCGCCUGACAGACCUGGCCCUGGCUGACAACCCCCCGCUCACGGCCCUGACCCCCGACAUCACCGCCCUCACCCGCCUCACGCGCUUCACCUGGAGCGUGCAGAACCGCGCUACGCGCAAGCCCAGCGCGGAAGUGCUGACGUGGCUGGCGGGCGUGCCUAACCGGCAGCUGAUCGGGGCCUGGGACCACUCUGCGGCGGCGGCGCCGUACGGCGUGAAGACGACGUGUGAGCUGCCGUUUAGAGCAAUCCGCAUGGUGCCGAGCACGAGGUGAAGUCAUGGCGGUGCAUGCGGCUGCAAGGGGUUGACGCCGGGGGCUGGUGUGGACUGGAGUGGACGUCGGUGGACGGGAAGGGAACCUGUAAGCCCCGCUGCGUUUGGUCGCGAAGGUGGCCUGGCCUUGUGUGCACGGUUCUAUCAGGGCCGUCAGGGCGUAAGGAGCUGAAAGGUGUAUCGUGAAACAGUUGGUGCAUGUGUGUUUUGGGGCCGAGCUGCAUUGUGUUGUCCUGUUGAGUGUUGACUAAUCGGCGGUGGACACUGCAGUGCUGCACUGACGGUGGCCUAGGGAUGAGCAGCACGGAACCACGGGUGCACCGAUACGUAGGUGGCCGACUGGAAGCUACGUAAGCUGGUCCGUGAUGGAACAUGGCAAGGGGCAGGAAAGCGUAGUCCCGAUGUGUGUGGCUCCCACCCGUGCCCACAUAAAUGCGUAGCAAGAAGGGACAAGGCAUUGGUGCGUCGUUCGCGCGCUGUUACUGUACCGACGGUAGCUCGACCUCGAAGGCUGUUGGGGUGCUGGUCGCUGGGAACAACUGCGGUGGUAGAUGCCGGGGCAGACACGUCCCGACCAGGCAUUGCUCAGGGCUGCUCACUCGUUGUAACUGUUC